GGCUCCGCUCCGCCUCGCCAGCCCCGAGCACCUCCCCGGUCUCCGCAGCCUCGGCCCGGCGGGCGGCAGUGCCAGAGCUGGUGGGUGUCUUCGCGAUGCUGCAGUGCAAACACGCUCAGGAAUUCAGCUUCGGGCCCCGGGCUCUGAAGGACGCGCUCAUCUCCACCAACCCAGCCCUGCAGGAGCUCUAUGCCAAAGCUUUCUCCAGGGCAGAGAAGCUGUUCCUCUCGGAAGCCUACAAUCCAAAGAGAACGCUUUUCUGCACGUUACUUAUCCGGACGGCUUUUGACUGGCUCCUCAGCCACCCCGAUGCUCCCGAGGACUUUGAGACAUUCUAUCACGCCAUGCUGCGGAGGAAGCAGAACUUCUAUCGAAAGCACAUUUACCUGCAACCUAUAGACUUAAUUGAAGGACCUGCCGGACUCUCGUUGCUGGAUUCUCUCCAGAGCUGUGUUGAGUCUUUCUUCCUGGGUCUCCGUGUGAAGUGCCUUCCCUCCAUCCCCAUCUCUUCCAUUCACUGCUGCUACCGCCACAGCCAGGACACGGACAGGGUGCAGCUUCAUGCAGAUGGGAUCCUGAAUUUCCUGAAGAACAACAAACCCAUGGAUGCUCUGUGUGUCCUUGGACUCACUCUGCUGGACCUCUACCCGUGUGAGACCUGGAGCUUCACAUUCAGCAAAUUCCUGCCAGGACAAGAAGUGGGAGUCUGCAGCUUUGCCAGGUUUUCCGGGGAUUUCCCUCAGGCUGGCUGUAGUAGCUUGGAUCCACUCACACAGAAAGAACGGGUAUGCGAAGCCAGCAAAGAAACCAGAGACCGGACAAUGCCGUUCAGUGCCCAGGAGAUGGUCCAGUGCUGUAAGGUGACCUGUCAUGAGAUCUGCCACCUGAUGGGGCUGGGAACCUGCCGCUGGCUGCAGUGCAUCAUGCAGGGUGCGCUGAGCCUGGAUGAAGCCCUGCUGCGGCCCCUGGAGCCAUGUCCCAUCUGCCUUCGGAAGCUGCAGCACGUUGUGGGCUUCAAACUUGUGGAGCGCUACAGGAAACUCUAUGCUUGGACACAGACUGUGUUGUCCACGUGGCCAAGGCAAGAGUCGGCAGACCUGUCCACCUCAGAGGACAUCCUUCCAUUCAGCUCAGAUUCUGGGAUGUGCUGCGAGAACGACUCCGAGGCUGUGACCUCCUUGUCUGAGCCACUGACACCAGACACUUGCAGCCAGGCUGCCUCCAUCAGCCAGGAGCUGGAACAGGACGAGCAUUCUUGUUUGUUGGCGGAGGCCCACAGCCAGCCCAAGCUUGCUAGGCCCAAGUCCACAGAUAUCAUUAAAGAUUAUGAAUUGUGGCUGGAGACCUGCAUCGCUGCCCUGGAGAGGAACGUCUCUGAGGAGGAACUGGCUCAAGUAGACAAGACUGUGGAUGCCCUGGCUAAGUGGGAAAUGUUUACAGGACAGCUGCCUGCUAUGAAGAAGGACCUACCCUUUGCUAAGGACAACACAGGGCUACGAAAAGUUCUUGGAGACAAAUUUUCCUCCUUGCGAAGGAAACUGAGUUCCAGAAAACUGUCCAAAGGGGAAUCGUCCCCUCAUCGUUGGCGGUGGGAGGAAAACUAGGCAGAGUCUGUCUGCCUUGGGUUGGGCCAGCUUGGCUCCCAUAGCUUUGGUUACGUUACUGCCCUGCUUCUGACCUUUCCCACCACAAGUUGUUGCUUUCAGGGAGAAACAACAACACCCCACAGGAAUAAAAGUUGUUUCUUUUUCUGAGA